AUGUUCCAACCCGUGAAGGCUGUUUCAAAGGCCGUCCGCAAAGGGGGCAGCUACCAACUCCCCGCUACGGCCAGCCUAUUUGCGGAUAGUCCUCUGGACGUCGAAGAAAAAGCAGCCAAAUCUGAAGUCGGGUUUCUCUUCCCCAACCACCAAGAAAAGCCACAAAAGAGCACGACCCAAGGAAAUUGGAAGGCACUAGACGAGAGUUUGAGCGGCGAAACGGCGACGGCCCUGAAAUCGCCCCCGAUGUCGGCGUCGGCGCGGCGUGCGGCGGAGACCGACUGGCAUGAGAUCCCGGAGGCACGCAUGACGCCGCAACUACAGAACGACCUGCGCGUCAUUGAGAAUAGGCAGCAUCUCGACCCGAAGCGGUUUUACAAGUCGUCGGGGAGCGGGAGAAGGAAGGGGCAGUUGCCAAGCAAGGUUCAUGUGGGGACGGUCGUUGUGGGGGCCCAUGAGUUUUACUCUGCGAGGCUGACGAGGAAGGAGCGGCGGAGGACAAUUCUGGAUGAGGUGAUGAGCGAUGGGAGGAUUACUAACUACACUAAGAAUAAGUUCAAGUCGAUACAAAAGGCAAGGCAGGGGAACACACGCGUCGUGGACCCUGCGGCAAAGAAGCGGAGGAAGGGACGCUGGCAGUGA